AAACAGCUCACCUAUCAUGUGGUGGUAGAUUUUUUCCUCAGUUCGGUAGUUUUCGCCAGAUUUGGCGUAAGAUAUUUAUAUAUUUUUUUCUAAAAUCCUUGAAAGUGCUUUCGUCCAGCUGAUAUGGGUGAAGACGGCCCCUCGGAUGACUACGAUCCAAAUGGAGAUCCCAAGGACGAUCCCCGGGAAAGAAGGCGAAUCCGUCACGAAUAUCGUGAACUGAUCGCCGAGACUCAAAAAAAUAGACAUAAUUUUAUCAAACCAGAAUCAACUGGCUUACAUGAAUCACUUGAUAAAGCUGAAGGGUUAUUUAAGAACGCCACCCAUACCAGAGAGGCUGUUCUGGAUGCACAUUUUCUAGUCUUAGCAUCAAACCUUGGAAGUCAACAGGCUCAGCAGUUGCAAACACACUUGGUAACAUUUGAUGCAGAUGUUUUUGUUGAGAAAUUGAUAACUUUUAUGGGAGGGAGAAGUGUUUCCGAUAUGACUGGAGGAGAUAAUGAGGAUGAAGAGAUGGCUGGUGGGAGGCACCAACCCCCACCUCACCUUGACUGGAAGAAACUUGGUAGAAAAGCCAGUGUAGCGUUUAGGAGAACUCCAAAUGUUGACUUUAUGUUUGGUCCAUUAUCCAUGGAACCUCCUGUAAAAGUGCGGAGAGAUAGAAAUGCUGUGAAAAAAACUGAAAAACCUGAUGCUAAUCAGUUAGUCAAACCAAAACAGUUGGAGAAGGUAGAAACCAAAGAGGAAGCAACGACUAAAGAAGUAGACAGACUACAUAGCAUCCUUUAUGAUAACACAGUUUCUGAGGAAGGUGAAGAGUGUGAAUUAACUCCAGUGUCUCUGUUCAACUUUAUCAUCAACCCUAAUUCAUUCGGGCAAACAAUUGAGAAUCUUUUCCACUUGUCUUUUCUAGUUAGGGAUGGUCGAGCAGACAUAAGUCUUGACGAUCAUGGACUACCAGUUGUAUCAUACUCAGAAAUGCCUGGUGAAGAUGAACAGAUGGGAAAGCAGCAAGUUGUUGUUCAUCUCACUUUGAAAGAGUAUAAGGAAAUUAUUAAAACAUUCAACAUCACACAGCCAAUGAUUCCACCACGCCCAAGGAUGGACCUGGCCAAUGAGGCUGGUCCCAGUAAUAAUGGAAAUGAGAGUGAUGAUGAAGGAGAAGAGGAAUACAGUUAGCUUUUUAAAGUGACUAGUGAAUGACAAAGUGGACCAAGGUUCACCUCCAAGAAAGAAGAGUUAUCUGCAAUUACUGAUUAAUACUGAACAUGAAGACAACAUUCUGUUUGUGUUCACAUACUUUUUUACAUGAGGAGCUGCAGAACCUAUCAAUUUGUCAAUUUAAAGAGGAUUCAGUCUGUAUCCUGUUGUAAAGAACUUUGGGUGUACUAGUUUUUCAGUCUCCCUGUUUGUUGAAUAGUUAACAGUGAUUAUUGUUUAAGAAGCAAUCUACAAUUACAUUGUACAUACAUAGGAACAUUAUUUUAGACCAAAGUAUACAGAUCUCUUUUUUUUUUAAU